AUGGCCUCCGAUCAGCAGGUUGCGCUGGCCAGAGUGCAGCGGGCGAGCACGAGCAACUUGACAAAGUCGACCAGACAAGUCGUGCCGGCCUUUCUGCAGAAGCUGUAUGAAAUGGUGAACGACCCUACCAAUAACGACUUGAUACGAUGGGCGGACGCGGGCGACUCGUUCUUCGUGCUGGAUCACGAACGGUUUGCGAGGGAAGUGCUCGGACGCUGGUUCAAGCAUCAGAACUUCAGCUCGUUCGUUCGGCAACUGAACAUGUACGGGUUCCACAAAAUCCCCCACCUCCAGCAAGGCGUCCUCAAGUCCGAAGCCGAGACCGAGUUUUGGAACUUUGAACAUGCCAAUUUCCGCCGCGGCCAGCCCGAUCUCCUCGCUUUCAUUCAGCGCAAAAAGCAAGCGCCACAACCGAACGGAAAUGAAGACCAUCUCCUCGAAGCUGCGAAGGAUCCGAACAACCCGAUGGCUGUCAACGGAUCCUUGUCGGCCGGACAACUCCUCGAUAUGAACGCGAUUGUCAACGGCAUCACAGUCAUUAAACGCCAUCAGGCUGCCAUUUCCACUGACCUGAACGAUUUGAAGUCGUCAAAUCAGCAACUCUGGCAGGAAGCCCUGGCCGCUCGCGAGCGCCACAAGAAACAACAGGACACGAUCAAUCGGAUUCUCAAGUUCCUUGCUGGAGUGUUCGGACAGGGGUCCGCCCCCAAGCAUGACGGUAGCCAUAGUCCUCCCGCAAUGAUGCCGCGCAAGCGACAGCGCCUGAUGAUUGGCGAUAUGGACAGGAUGGAUGGGAAGGCGCGCGCUGUGGAGAUUACGGAUGUCGACGAUGAAGAGGAUGAGGAGAUGCAUUUACGGAGUCCGACCUCGACGGAUCGAGGGCAGUCGCCCUUUGCAGGCAGUGAGUGUCGUUUUCGCUGA